AGGCAGUCGGGUCGUCUGGAAGGGGCGAGGAUGUGCCUUCAUCGGUGGUCCUCGCUGCUUCCCCUCCCUUCCCUUCUGACCUGUUCUUCUCGCCGGCCUGUCGCUCCCUCGCGCCUCCUGAGUCCUUCGGCAAUCAUCUACAUGGGCUCAAAAGCUUAUGGUCCUCAUCCAGGCCUUCGACGCCGCGUAUCGACUCUCGCACAAAGCCCCGUCGCGCAUGCCGACUCCCAUGGAGCGGCACAUCCUCACGCCAUCGCCAGCAACAGGAUGCCGGUGCGCCUUUCCUCAGGAGAGAGCACCAGGCAAACUUGGAGGAGUGUGUCGAAGCCGGGCUGCUGCCAACGGCACAGGGUUAUGAGCCCGGUCGGACCGUCCACCUCCGGACGCUUCUUCCCCGAUGACUCCUGCGUCGGUGCCUGAGUCACGGUUCCUGGCACCAAAGGCCAGUCUGGCCUCGUCCACCGCCUCAGCCAGUCGAGCGGUCCUGGCCGAGUAUGCGACCAGAGCUUCUCUCCCAAGCAAGACCUCCCGGCGCAGAACUGGCGCCGAGAGCCAGAUCUAUCUGCUCGGCUGGUUCAAGAGCCGUCGUGGGGAGGGGAGGGGAGCCGCAAGGAGCGCUUCCAGGAUAGGUGCCCGAACUGCGGGAGGUGGGAGCACCACGAAGGCCUUCUGGCUCGACACAGAAGGGCGCGGGAUGUCAUAUCCCGGCAGUAUCGACGACGAUACUUCCCCGAAGUUGGAGGGCCGCGAGUCCCGGGCCCUGCAGGCAGACGACGAGGACUUCCCCCUCAGCGAUUCUGCCCUGAGAAUGCAGAUGGCCGAGGAGAGACACCGCAGCCGCAAUUACCAACAGAUGCACAGCUCAUCAACCUCUGCUGAGCUGCGCCGUGCGCGCUGGGACCACGAGGACCAGCACGAUGCGUCUCCUCAAGUGCACCAGCAGCCACCAUCCCAGACCAUCCAGCAGCAGCUCUCGGAUGUCCAGUCUUGAGCCCCUUGCCCAGCCAGUCCAGUCCGUCGAACAGCAGCUCACAGAGUGUCUGUCCCGCGUCCCACAGUUAUGAGCCUG